CCGCGCAACUUGCCGCAGAGAAGUUGCAGAAGAAGAAGCAGAAUCAGAAACCGCAGAAGAAGAAGCAGAAUCAGAAACCGCAGAAGAAGAGUGCCGGAGGCUGCAGUCGAGCGGCAACGGUUCCGUGAGAAAGUUAAAGUUUUCCGUUUCGUAUGAAGAUGAGCUCCGCGGCGGUGGAGAUCGACGGCAGCGUGAUGGAGGGCGGCGGACAGAUCCUGAGAGUCUCCGCGGCGCUCAGCUGCAUCACCGGCUCCUCCGUCAAAAUCACCAAAAUCCGAGCCGGCAGAAGCACACCGGGGCUCAGACCGCAGCACCUGAGCGGCCUGCAGCUGGUCUCAGAUCUGUGUUCUGGCAGUCUGCAGGGAGCCACCAUCGGCUCCACAGACAUCAGCCUGACUCCAGGAAAGAUCCGGUCUGGAAACCACACGGCCGACACACAGACAGCAGGGAGUGUGUGUCUGCUGCUGCAGGUCGCUCUGCCCUGCGCUCUGUUCGUGUGUGCCUCCUGUCUCUGUCUGAAGGGAGGAACCAACGCUGAAUGUGUUUUUCUUCUUCAGGUGUUUAAACCGGUCGUGGAGCGGUUCGGAGUCCAUUUUGACUGUGACAUCAGAAUGAGGGGUUACUACCCUAAAGGUGGAGGUGAGGUGGUGGUGACGGUGAACCCGGUCAAAGAGCUGCAGCCCGUCACCAUGACGGAGAGAGGAAACAUCACUAAGAUCUACGGCCGCGCGUUCGUCGCCGGAGUGCUGCCCUACAAACUGGCUAAAGACAUGUCGGCCGCUGCUGUUCGAACCAUCAGGAAGGAAAUCAAAGAUCUCUACAUCAACAUCCAGGCGCUGCAGGAGAAAGAAAAGGCCCGCGGCAACGGCAACGGCAUCAUAAUCAUCGCUGAGUCAUCGACAGGUUGUGUGUUUGCAGGUUCGGCUCUGGGGAAGAAAGGUGUGUAUGCAGAUAAAAUUGGAAUUGAAGCUGCUGAGAUGUUGCUGAGAAACAUCAGACACAACGGCUGUGUGGACGAGUUCCUGCAGGACCAGCUCAUCAUCUUCAUGGCGUUGGCGAAGGGAACGUCUCGGAUUCGAGUUGGCGCCGUAACGCUGCACACGCAGACGGCCAUUCACAUCGCAGAGCAGCUGACUCAGGCAAAGUUCACAAUAACGAAGUCUGAAGACGAGCUGAGCAGCAACGUCACCUUCAUCAUCGAGUGUGAAGGAUCAGGAGCCACUAACCCCAACCUGUAGCCGCACACACACACUGACGACACAUACGCACACACACUCUGACGACACAUACACACUCUGACGACGCACACACACUCUGACGACACACACACACUCUGACGACGCACACACACUCUGACGACACAUACACACUCUGACGACGCACACACAGACUCUGACGACACAUACGCACACAGACUCUGACGACACAUACACACUCUGACGACACAUACGCACACACACACACUCUGACGACACAUACACACUCUGACGACGCACACACAGACUCUGACGACGCACACAUACACACACACACACUCUGACGACACAGACUCUGACGACACAUACACACUCUGACGACGCACACACACACUGACGACACAUACGCACACACACACUCUGACGACACACACACACUCUGACGACACACACACACUCUGACGACACAUACGCACACACACACUCUGACGACACACACACACACUGACGACACACACACACACACACACUCUGACGACACACACACACUCUGACGACACACACACACACUCUGACGACACACACACACACUCUGACGACACACACACACACUCUGGCGACACACACACACACACUCUGACGACACAUAUACACACACACACACUCUGACGACACACACACACACUCUGACGACACACACACACACUCUGACGACACAUAUACACACACACACACUCUGACGACACACACACACACACACACACUCUGACGACGCACACACACACUCUGACGACACAUAUACGCACACACACACACUCUGACGACGCACACUCUGACGACGCACACGCACACACUCUGACGACGCACACGCACACACCCACACUCUCUCUCUCUCCUGGACUCGGUAGCUGCUCCCGUCAUGGCCGACCCUCUUAGCUUCUGUCUCUCAGGGUGUUUCCUUAUAACUGUAAUAAAUAAAACUGUUUCCAACAUUCA